AUGAAUGAAGAUAGCUCUAAUCUAAGGUAGCGCUAGGAGACAAUGAGGAAGGCCAUCAAAUAAGAUGGUAUUAUAAAUGAAAUAUAGCAAUUUAAUGGUAUUAAUUCUGAUGACGAGAGGAUUUUAAUGAGCUUCGCAGAUAGCUUAAAUGUUAAUAGUCCAUAAUCACAUUACUAAAGGGAUAAUGAUCUUUAAAUUGAAAAUCUUUAAAUCAACAUAUAAAAACAAGAUGAUGGAAACGAUUUUGAAUAAAGAUUUAUUGAUUUAUUGAGUCCUUAAAAUAGAUCCUCUCUUUUUGAAAGUGAAAUAAAGUUGAAUGCUUUGAAAUAACAACAAAUGGUCCAGAAAUAAAAUACCUUACUUAGAAGAAGAACAACUUAACAAGCUGUAUCAGAGAAAAAUCAGCUUGUUUGCACUCAAAAGGAAAUAAGCAUCUAAUCUAUUAGCUAUGACUCAAAAUAUGGGCAUUAAAACUCUAAGCAAUCAAUAAAACAGAGUGAAGAUACUUAAGAGAAGAAUGUAUUGAAAAUAUAAUAAGAUAAUCCCCAUAAAAGCCAUAAAAGUGUUGAUCAGAAUUUUGAAUAAUUAAAGUAGUACCAACAAAACAUAUUAAAAGUAAAUAUACCUAAAGCUAACUUUAUUAAAACUUUAAAAAUCUCUAAAAUAUUUGUCCAUAAAAUGAAAAUGCUAGUUAGAAGCUUCCUCUCUAGAAAUCUGUCACUGCAAGCAUUUAAAAUUAUAGAUGAUAGAUCUUCAAACUAUGAAGUUUACAUUAAGCAAUAAAAAAUAGCAAGUAUUAAUAUAUAUUUGAGCAUUCAGGGCAUUUUCUCAAGUGGGUCAUGCUUACAGAUCCAAAAAGGAAAAUACUUAUUCUCUUAGGAUUCAAUGAUGAGACUAUUAUGGGACACAUUUCUGGCUCUGUUGACUUUAUAUUUAAUUGUUUUUAUACCUUUUGAUCACGUUUAUCAAAGGGAAGAUAAUUCUUUCGCAAGUAUAUUUCACGACUAGGUGGUUUUUAUAAUCAUGAUUUUAGAAAUAUUAGUUAAUCUUAACUCAGAAAUUUAUUCUAAUGGAUUGGCGAUAAGAGAUCGAAAGAUUAUUUUUUUGAAGACACUUUCAAAAAACUUAAGAGAUUUAAUAGUUGUCUUGCUCUAUAAAAUUUCCAGAGACUAUAAAGACACUUAAUCAGAUUUGAAAUAUAUUAACUAUAUAGCUUUUAUUAAAUAUCUUGAUAUCCCAAAAAAAUUGAGCGAGUUAGAGACUAAAUUACAUUUUAGUGAAUCUACCUAAAACUGGCUUAAAUUAUUAAAGCUAGAAAUUGUGGUUCUUAUCCUUGCCCAUGUAGCCGCUUGUAUUUUUUUAAGAAUUGGAAUAUCUGAAGCUAAUGAUGGUUUGAAUUGUUGGAUUGUAUAAUUUAAAGUUGAUGAUAACACUAUUUGGGAAUAAUACUUAGUUUCCUUUUAUUACAUGAUUAUAUCUAUGGUCACAAUAGGUUAUGGAGAUUUCUAUCCUACAACUUUGUAUGAAAGAGGAUAUAUUAUUAUAGUUGCAUUGCUAGCUACUAAUGUUUGUGCAUAUUCGUUUUCGUAAAUAAGCGAAAUAGUUAAGUUUGAGCAAGCUAAAAAAGAAAACUUUAACUAAGGCAUGAUUAACUUGAAUUAAAAAAUGAAGUUAAAUGGGAUAAGUAUGACUUUACAACAGAAAAUAAGAAAAUUUUUUGAAUACCACUACUUUUCUUUAGUUGAGAAAAAAAAUGAGACAGAUUAGUUUGUAGAAUAGUUACCUUUGAAGUUGAGAUAGCAGUUUUGCUUAGAAACAAAUUAAAAGCUAAUAGAUUCAGUAUAUAUCUUUAAAAUAUUAUCACCUUAAUGUAUUCAAUAAAUAUCUUCAUCUAUUAAAUAAAAAUAUCUUAUGCCUGAUGAAGUGUUGCUUGAAAGUAAUUCUAAUAAUGAUUGCCUUUAUUUUAUCAAUAAAGGCUUUUUAGAUAUUUAUACAAAUUUUUAAGUCGACAGUAAAUCAGAAAAAGUAUUUUUAAAAGAAAAUAUUACUGGUUAAUUUAUACAAAAUUACAUAAAAGAAGAUAGCUCAAAAGCCAAUUUAAAAAUAUUGCAUAGACUAAAAAAUUAGGAAGUUUUUGGAUAUGAAAGUUUCUUAUUAGGAGAAUACAAUUAAUUUGGUUUGAAAUCUUAUGGUAAAACUAUUGUCUCUUAUAUAGACAAAACUUCUUUUAUGUAAAUACUAAAAUAAUUCCCAGAGGAUUAAGAAAAAGUUUUAUAUAUAAGAGAUUAAGCGAUAUUUGAUACAGGAAUCAAUUCAAAAGUUAAAUUAAAAUGUGUCUCUUGUUCUUCUAAUGAACAUUAAUACCUUUAAUGUCCCUUUGUAAUUUACACUACAAAAUAUAAAUAAUAUUCAGUAGCUAUGCAAAGAUAAUAUGUGAAAAGAAAAAAAUAGGACAAAAUAUAAGUCUUAAAAACAUUAACUCUUAUAUAAGAAAAAGCUAUGAGUGCUUAUGCAUAGUUAAAUGAUGAGUCAUUGAUAUAUGAUGCAGUUUCUUUUUAACAUAUGCAAAGCUUUGAUGGCAAAGAAAAUGUUGACUCUAAUUCUGUUAACUCCUCAUAAACAGAAGAAUCAGAAAAUUCUGAGGAUAAAGAUACCACUUAGCUAGAAUUAAUGUCAAAAACCAUAUCUAAAUAGCUCUAAGAAGGUUUCACUUAAAGCUUUAAUUAGUUUUAAAGUUAAGAGUCUGAAAAAAAUAAAUCAGACUCUAAAGCAAAACAUGAAUAAUAAGAAAAUACAACCAAUCAAAAAAAUAUGAGUGCAUCUAUAAGGCAUUUUGGCUUUUAGAAUAUAAAACAAAGUCUGUCUCAAGAUAUUUAAUUUGAUUUAGCAUAAAAUAACAACAAUGAAAACAGUGCGUAAAGAAAAAAAAAAUCUAAAACUUAUAAUCAUUAGAAAAUAAAAUAAACCAACUAAAAUUAAACAUUAAAUUAGAAGCAAACAAACUAAAGUAGUUCCAAUUUAGAUAAGAGAUACUCUAAAACAGCUGAAUUUUAGAAUAAGGAAAUGGAAUAAUCUAAUAGUUAGAAUAGAGAAGAAUAAAAAACUCAGUAAGAAAGCACUAAGAAUAAUUAAAAUUCUAGUAACAAAGAUAAUUCUAAGUAAAAUAAAAAUUAAAAUAAGUAAAAUAAAGAUAGUUUCUUGGAAAAUAUAUAUGCUAGAAGAAGAAGAAAAUUUACUAAGUUCGUUGAGUUAUAAAAUUAGUUAAAAUUGAAUAGAUUAGCUCAAGCAAAAUAAAAAGAAAAUAACCAAAAAUUAUAAGAUGAGAUUAUCUAAAGUAAGGAAUCUGAUUAAAUUUUUAACAUUUGCAAAUAAAAGCAAUUGAUUAACUAACUCAUUAAUCAAAAUUGCCAAAAGUUUUAAAACCAGUAAAGUGAAAAAUCACAAAGCCCCCUAAUUAAGUCUUUUGAGCAGUUAGAAUAGCUUCUAAACUAAAGUGAUCUAGUUAAAUAAAAAACUCAUUACGGAAGUCCUUUGCUAGCACAAAGCUUAAAAAGUCCUCUGAUAGAGUAGGAAAUGCUAAAAAGUUUUGCUCCUCAUGAAGCUAUGAUUCGUUGCCAAGAAAAUGUUUAAGAUUUGGAUUUGCUUAUAGUGAGGAAAUAGUAUCAAUUACUUUAAUAGCAAAAUAAAAACAAUAUAGAAAACUAUAUUGAGCUACCCGAUAACGAAAUUGACAUAGAUUAAUUAAAAGAAUAUUGCUUUUACUACCCUAAAUAUAAUUGUAGAAUGGUUUUAAAUAGAGUAAAGAAAAUGUAAGAUAAAUAAAUUAAAAUUGCAAAGUUAAAAGACAGAGCUUCUAUUUCUAAAAAAAGUGCUUAAACUAAAAAAAAAUUUGACAAAGUAAGUAAUUCAUCAGUUAACUUAAACAGUAAAUAAGUUUCAAAUAGGUUGAGAUUACUUUUAAUAUAAAAUAUUCAGCAAAAUUGA